AGAAUAUGAUAAAUUAAAAAACUAUAAAACCAUCUUGUUGACGAACAAAUUAUUUCAUAUUGGAAACAAUCUGUAUUCUUUCCAAAAAAGGAAAGAAAAAAAAGAAACUAACCCAUUCCUGAGAUAAAUGUGGGAAAAUUAACACCCGUCUAAAAAACCAACAGCUUGUUAGAUUUCUGAUUUUGAUUUUAAAUGAACAAAUUUCAAUAUAAAAUGCUGAUUUCCAAAUUACAGAUGGCAUUCAUAGCUAGCAUUUUGUUGCUUGUGUACAGCACCAUUGCUGUCGAUGCUUUAUUGAAUGAAUGUCCACCUUUAGAAUCAACAUUGUGCACCUGCACAAUCAAGUGGGGUCCCUUAGUUACUUGCUCUAAAAUAACAGAUGUAAAAACAUUGAAGUCAACACUUGAAGUGUUGAAAGGUUACUCUAUCGACCUAAAACUCUCCGAUGUUGAACUUCCUGAAUUAGCACCAGACACAUUUCAAGGAUUGCAUAUUGAGCUUCUUGCUUUGAACAAAAUUGAAGUUGCUUCAUCAGAUGUUAUACAAUUCCAAGGAUUAGAAAAGUCUUUGAUAAUUCUUGAAAUUAACAACAGUUUUAAAAAGAAUCCUCUUCCAGGUUUGAAGUUAGACAAUCUUGUGAAUUUAAAGUCUGUGAUCAUGAAGGAAAAUAACAUAGAUGAUUUAACUAAUGACUGGUUUGCUGGAGGCUCAAAAAAACUAUCUACUAUUUUGCUACUAAGGAAUGAUCUUAGGACACUAGGAGACAAAGCCUUCCAAUCCUUAGAUGGCUUGAUGAUGCUUUGGAUUACUGGAAAUUCUUUUAGAAAAAUAUCAAGAUCUAUGUUCCCUUCAAAUUCUAAUGUUCUAGAGAAUAUUGAUUUGUCGAACAAUAAAAUAAAAGAGAUUCCCUUUGGUUUGUUCAGCAAUAUGCCUGAAUUGGCCUAUGUCAAUUUGGCUAAUAAUUGGAUUGAUACAGUUGAGGAGGAUGAAACCAUAUUGAAAAAGACACGGAUACAUUUAGAAGGUGAGUACUGCCUUUUAAUGCAUUUGUGA